AUGGAUAGACUAAAUGACUCCGUGGCCACUGAAUUUCUAUUAUUGGCCCUUUCUUGUUCUCAGAAGAAAAAGCUUUUUCUCAUCUUGAUAUGUUCUUUUCUCUAUAUAGGGGUCAUCUUCGGAAACCUUUUUAUUUUAUUUUUAGUAAUUUUUGAUUCUCACUUCCAUUCUCUUAUGUACUUCUUGCUGGCCAACCUGUCCCUCAUUGACAUGGGCCUUUCCUCUACAACAGUCCCCAAGAUAAUUACAGAUCUUAUAAAUGAAUACCAACUAAUUUCUUUCCAAAGUUGCAUGAUACAGUUAUGCUUCAUUCAUAUCAUAGAAGGAGUGGAGAUGGUGUUACUCAUAGCCAUGGCAUUUGACAGAUGCAUAGCAAUCUAUAAGCCUCUUCACUACUUGAAAAUUAUGAACCCUAAAAUAUUUGUUUUAUUCGUAAUCACUGACUGGGUAACUGGGUUAAUCCAUGCUAUGUCUCAGUUUUUAUUUGUUAAAAAUUUGCCUUUCUGUGGGCCUAAUAAAGUUGGCAGCUUUUAUUGUGACUUUCCUAAGAUUAUAAAACUUGCAUGCACAAAUGGAGACAAGCCUGAGUUUAUUGUCACUGCCAACAGUGGCUUCAUGACUAUGGCCACCUUCUUCUUACUAAUCUUUUCAUUUUUAUUCAUUUUGGUUACUGUCUGGAAAUAUUCUUCAGGAGACUUGUCCAAGGCAUUUGUCACUUUGUCAUCUCAUAUUACUGUGUUUUCUUGUUUUUUACUCCAUACGUGAUUCUGGCCUUCUCCUCCACCAUCACUUGAUAAAAACUUGUUUGUCAUUGACUUUGCUAUCACCCCUUUCUUGAAUCCUGCUAUCUACACAUUAAGGAGCGAAGACAUAAAGGUAACAAUAAAAAGAUUGCACAAAAAAAAUCUUAUUCUAAAUUUUGUUGACCAUAUCAUCUUUGGACCUUUAACCACGCUAGCCCAUCUCCACUUAGGCACUUCAAAUUCAGCAUAUCCAGAACAAAUCCAUCAUCUGCCAUCCUAA